CGCCGCCAGCGCUCCCGGGCUCCGCUCUUCGCCGGGCCCGCGCCGCCGAGCAUGAGCGCGGAGCAGAACCCGGCCAGCAGGCCCACGCCUGUGCAGGACGUGCAGGGCGACGGGCGCUGGAUGUCCCUGCACCACCGGUUCGUGGCAGACAGCAAGGACAAGGAACCCGAGGUCGUCUUCAUCGGGGACUCCUUGGUCCAGCUAAUGCACCAGUGUGAGAUCUGGCGGGAGCUCUUCUCUCCUCUGCACGCACUUAACUUCGGCAUCGGUGGAGACAGCACCCAGCACGUGCUCUGGCGGCUUGAGAACGGGGAGCUGGAGCACAUCCGGCCCAAGAUUGUGGUGGUCUGGGUGGGCACCAACAACCACAGCCACACAGCGGAGCAGGUGACGGGAGGCAUCCAAGCCAUCGUGCAGCUGGUGAACAAGCUGCAGCCCCAGGCACGGGUGGUUGUGCUGGGCCUGCUUCCGAGGGGCCAGCACCCCAACCCGCUGCGGGAGAAAAACCGACAGGUAAACGAGCUGGUCCGGGCGGCCUUGUCUGGCCACCCCCGAGCCCACUUCUUAGACGCAGACCCUGGCUUUGUGCACUCUGACGGCACCAUAAGCCACCACGACAUGUACGACUACCUCCACCUGAGCCGGCUGGGCUACACCCCCGUCUGCCGGGCCCUGCACUCCCUGCUCCUGCGGCUCCUGGCUCAGGGCCAGGGCGCCCCUCUGCCGGAGACCACGCCCUGAGCACCCUCGUUCUCCCGACAUUAAAGUCUUCUUCUGCCUCCUG